GCAAGCGCGGAGCCCAGCUCGACCAGCACCUAGUGGCCCUGGGCCUGUGGGGACGUAGGGGUGGGAGGGCAAACGCAGGGGGUGGGGAGCUGUCCUGGAUCUACCAUGAGUGCCAAGAAGAGAGGGAGCCCCGCGCGGACUCAUUCCAUGAUGUCCCUGUCGGUGCGGCCGCAGCGCCGCCUGCUCAGCGCCCGGGUCAAUAGGAGCCAGUCCUUCGCAGGCGUCCUCGGCAGCCAGGAGCGGGGCCCCAGGAGCUUCCCGGCCUUCAGUCCCCCGGGGCCCCCACGGAAGCCCCCAGCGCUCUCCCGAGUGUCCAGGAUGUUUUCCGUGGCGCACCCAGCCCCUAAGGUCCCACAGCCUGAGCGGCUGGACCUGGUGUACACUGCGCUCAAGCAGGGCCUGACGGCCUAUUUGGAAGUGCACCAGCAGGAACAGGAGAAACUCCAGGGACAGAUUAGGGAGUCCAAGAGGAAUUCCCGGCUGGGCUUCCUGUAUGACUUGGAUAAGCAAGUCAAGUCCAUUGAACGCUUCCUGCGACGGUUGGAGUUCCAUGCCAGCAAGAUUGAUGAGCUGUAUGAAGCAUACUGUGUCCAGCGGCGUCUCCGGGAUGGUGCCUACAACAUGAUCCGUGCCUACAGCACUGGAUCUCCAGGGAGCCGAGAGGCCCGGGACAGCCUGGCCGAAGCCACUCGAGGGCAUCGCGAGUACACAGAGAGCAUGUGUCUGCUGGAGAGUGAGCUGGAAGCACAGCUGGGCGAGUUCCAUCUCCGGAUGAAAGGGCUGGCUGGCUUCGCCAGGCUGUGUGUGGGGGAUCAGUAUGAGAUCUGCAUGAAAUAUGGGCGUCAACGCUGGAAACUACGGGGCCGAAUUGAGGGUAGCGGAAAGCAGGUGUGGGACAGCGAGGAAACCGUCUUUCUUCCUCUGCUCACGGAAUUCCUGUCUAUCAAGGUGACAGAACUGAAGGGUCUGGCCAACCAUGUGGUUGUAGGCAGUGUCUCCUGCGAGACCAAGGACCUGUUUGCUGCCCUGCCCCAAGUUGUGGCUGUGGACAUCAAUGACCUCGGCACCAUCAAGCUCAGCCUGGAAGUCACAUGGAGCCCUUUCGACAAGGAUGACCAGCCCUCAACUGCUUCCACUGUCAACAAGGCCUCCACAGUCACCAAACGCUUCUCCACCUAUAGCCAGAGCCCACCAGACACGCCCUCACUUCGGGAACAGGCCUUUUAUAAUAUGCUGAGGCGGCAGGAGGAGCUGGAGAAUGGGACGGCAUGGUCCUUGUCAUCCGAAUCUUCAGACGACUCAUCCAGCCCCCAGCUUUCAGGCAUUGCCCGCCACUCUUCAGCUCCCAGGCCUCUGGUGCAGCAACCUGAACCUCUGCCCAUUCAAGUCACCUUCCGUAGGCCUGAGACCCCCACCUCUGCACCUGUGGAUGAAGAGGGGAUCACGGCCCCAGCCCUGGCCAAUGGCCAUGCCCCCUAUAGCCGGACUCUGAGCCACAUCAGUGAGGCCAGUGUGGAUGCUGCCUUGGCUGAGGCUUCUGUGGAGGCUCUGGGCCUAGAAUGCUUAGCUCAGGGACCUAGCCUGCCUGCACACCUAGAUCCCACCCAUGGGGAGCAACCUGGUCCUGUCCCUCCUGCUGUGGACCCUUGCCAUUCUGCCACAAGCCUUACCCUCAGUACAACAGGCCCCACCCACAUAUCUACAGACCCUGCUUUGUCUGCACACCUAGAUUUGGUUCACAAGAUCACAGACUCUAGCCCUUCUGAACUGCCAGGCCCUACCCACACCAUCAGAGGAUCUACCUAUAAUGACAUCAGCCUUACCCAAAGUGCUCCAAGCCUCACUCAUAUUACCACAGCUUCUACCCACAAGCCCAUGGUCUCUACCCUCACCACUACAAGCCCUACUCCCAGUGCCACAGCCCCAGUCCAGACCACCACAAGUCCCACCCACAAGCCAAUGCUUUGCACCCUCACUACUGAAGGUCCUACCACCAAUACUACAGGCCCAGUCCAGACCACCACAAGCCCCAUCCACACUACAACAAGCCCUACCCAUACCACUGCAAGCCUCACCCAAACCACUAUAAGCCCUGCCCACACUACUGCAAGCCCCACCCAUGCCACUAUAAGCCCCACCCAUGCCACUACAAGCCCCACCCAUGCAAGUACAAGCCCUGCUCACAAAGCCAGGAUGUCAACUCACACCACUACGAGUCCUACCCCCAAGGCUAAGGACCCAGUCCAGACCACUAGGAGCCCCACCCAUCCUGUCACAAGCCCCACCCUUAUAACUGUAAGCUCUUCCACUUUUCUAGACCAUGCCAUGCUUCCCAGCUCCUCUGCAAAGGCAGACCCUACCCUCCCAGGCACCAACACCCAGUCCUGUAGCUACCCAUUUUCCACUCCUUGCACUCAGGCAGACCCUGUAGCCCCCAGCCCCUCCUACCCAAGUCCUGCCUGUUCCAGUUGCGAACCGCUCACAAGUCCAUCCCCAGAUUCCCCAGAACCGGACCUUCAGAGUCCAAGUCCCCCUCUCUCACCUGUAGCCCCUGUGGCCCAGCAUUUAGACCUUAGCCUGGCUGUGGCCACUCAGGCCCCAGUUCCAGGAGCAGCUGGAGGGGCUGGGGAUAGGAGGCUGGAAGAGGCACUAGGGGCCCUAAUGGCUGCCCUGGAUGACUAUCGUGGCCAGUUCCCUGAGCUGCAGGGCCUAGAGCAGGAGGUGACCCGGCUGGAGAGUCUGCUCAUGCAGAAACAAGGCCUCACUCGCAGCCGGGCCUCCAGCCUUAGUAUCACUGUGGAGCAUGCCCUGGAGAGCUUCAGCUUCCUCAAUGAGGAUGAAGAUGAAGACAUCGAUAGUCCUGGAGACAGGCCCCCAAACAGCCUGGAGCCUGGGGCUGAGGACAGCCUCGACUUACCCAGUGCCCGCCCCCUCAGCACGGAGUGUCCAGCUCUGGACGCUGCCUUGGUCCAGCACCUGUACCACUGCAGCCGCCUCCUGCUGAAACUGGGCACAUUUGGGCCCCUGCGCUGCCAGGAGGCAUGGGCCCUGGAGCGGCUGCUGAGGGAAGCCAGAGUGCUAGAGGCCGUAUGUGAGCUUAGCAGACGAUGGGAAGUCCCUGCCACCUCUGCCCAGGAAGUGGUGCAGUUCUCAGCCUCUCGGCCCAGCUUCCUCACCUUCUGGGACCAGUGCACAGAGGGACUCAGCCCCUUCAUCUGCCCCGUAGAGAGAGUGCUCCUCACCUUCUGCAAUCAAUACAGUGCCCGUCUCUCCCUGCGCCAGCCAGGCCUAGCUGAGGCUGUGUGUGUCAAGUUCCUGGAGGAUGCCCUGGGGCAGAAGCUGCCCAGGAGGCCCCAGACAGGCCCUGGAGAGCAGUUCACCAUCUUCCAGUUCUGGAGUUAUGUCGAAGCCUUGGACAGCCCCUCUAUGGAGGCCUAUGUGACUGAGACCGCCGAGGAGGUGUUACUGGUGCGGAAUUUGAAUUCAGAUGACCAAGCUGUUGUGCUGAAGGCCCUGAGGUUGGCUCCUGAGGGGAGACUGCAAAGGGAUGGGCUUCGGGCCCUCAGCUCCCUGCUUGUCCAUGGCAACAACAAGGUCAUGGCUGCUGUCAGCACCCAGCUCCGGAGCCUGUCACUGGGCCCCGUCUUUAGGGAAAGGGCCCUACUGUGCUUCCUGGACCAACUCGAGGAUGAGGAUGUACAGACAAGAGUGGCUGGUUGCCUGGCCCUGGGCUGCAUCAAGGCUCCUGAGGGCAUUGAGCCCCUGGUGUACCUGUGCCAAACAGACACAGAAGCUGUGAGGGAAGCCGCUCGACAGAGCCUGCAACAGUGUGGGGAAGAGGGACAGUCUGCCCAUCGACGGCUGGAGGAAUCACUGGACGCCCUGCCCCGCAUCUUUGGGCCUGGCAGCAUGGCCAGCACAGCAUUCUAAAUUUCCUACCCACUGGCUUCCAGUGCCCUUUCCUCUCACUUUCAGGGCUCACCAGGCACUGGCAGGGAGGGUGAGGGCUGGCUCCAGACACCUCUCCCCCACAGAUUCCUAUCAAUGAAAAUCUAAUAUAUUCUUCUGUUGCCCUUGGGUUGGUAGAGUCAGUGCCUGCAGUCAAGUGCCUCCCAGCCUCGGCUCAGCACACUUGCCACAAAUCAGUGUCCUGCCACAUCCCUUGGUUUUAUAUUUUAUUUACAGAGUUUUACAGAAAAUAAAAAAGCAAAAUGCCUUUCCUA